GACUCCGUUUCCCGAACUUUCCGUCACGGCGGGACAACCGUCAAAGUAAAUGUCCGCUUUCUGAUUUAUUUCCAUUUCCCUCCGAGGGAAGUUGGGGCGUUUGUGAAGCGUCUCCUGCGGCCGGAGUCUGAUGUGUCGCUGAGAGAUUAAAAACGAGAAGGAAUUUGUCUCCAGGAAUCUCAGACACGACACGCCAGUUUUGCCGUCUCUGUCUAGAUAUUUAAGAAAAGGAGCAAGGGAUUCAAUCGGCCAUCCUUCCUGCCCACACAGUGGGGAGGGAUUCACUCGUUCAUUUGACCAAUUGGCACGCCCAUUAUUUUACACAGGGGAGAGGCCGAUCACGUGCUCGGACAGUGGGAAUGGAUUUACUCGGUCAUCUCAACUGAAGGUACAUCAGCAAGUUCACACCGGGACAAGGCCAUUCAUCUAUUCUGUGUGUGAGAAAGGAUUCAGUCGGUCUUCCCACCUGUGGACUCACCAGUCAGUUCACACUGGGCAGAGGCUGGUCAUCUGCUGAAUUUGUGGGAAAGGAUUCACUCAGUCAUCUGACACAAUGGCUCACCAGUGUAUUUACACCGGGGAGCGGCCGUUCACCUGCUCAGACUGUGGGAAGGAAUUUACUGAGUCAUCCAACCUAAUGGCACAUCAGCGAGUUCACACUGGGGAGAAGCCAUUCACGUGCUCAGUCUGUGGGAAGAGAUUCACUUGGUUAUCCACACUACAGAGUCAUCAGCGAGUUCACACUGGGCAGAAGCCAUUCACCUGCUCAGUCUGUGGGAGGAGAUUCACUGAUUCAUCCAACCUACAGAGACAUCAGCGAGUUCACACUGGGGAGAAGCCGUUCACCUGCUCAGUCUGUGGGAAAAGAUUCACUGAUUCAUCCACCGUACAGAGUCAUCAGCGAGUUCACACUGGGGAGAAGCCGUUCACCUGUUCAGAAUGUGGGCAGGGAUUCACUCAGUCAUCCAAACUACAGAUUCAUCAGCGAGUUCACACUGGGGAGAAGCCAUUCACCUGCUCAGAAUGUGGGAAGGGAUUCACUCAGUUAUCCACCCUGCAGAGACAUCAACGAGUUCACACUGGGGAGAAGCCGUUCACCUGCUCAGUCUGUGGGAAGAGAUUCACUGAUUCAUCCAACCUACAGAGACACCAGUUAGUUCACACAGGGGAGAAGCCGUUCACCUGCUCAGUCUGUGGGAAGAGAUUCACUGAUUCAUCCACCCUACAGAGUCAUCAGCGAGUUCACACUGGGGAGAAGCCAUUCACCUGCUCAGAAUGUGGGAAAGUAUUCACUCGGUCAUCCCAACUACUGGCACACCAGUCAGUUCACACUGGGGAGUGGCCGUUUACCUGCUCAGAAUGUGGGAAAGGAUUCACUCAAUCGUCCACCCUACUGACACAUCUGCGAGUUCACACUGGGGAGAAACCGUUCACCUGCUCAGUCUGUGGGAAGAGAUUCAGUCAGUCAUCCAACCUACAGAGACAUCAGCGAGUUCACACUGGGGAGAAGCCAUUCACCAGCUCAGAAUGUGGGAAAGGAUUCACUCAGUCAUCCCACCUACUGGCACACCAGUCAGUUCACAAUGGGGAGUGACCAUUGUUAUGAAUCCCUAGAUCUCUUUUGCUGUGGACUGUCAUUUUAAGAGAGAGAGAGAGAGAGAGAUUAAGAAUGGAAAUCAGUCUGACUUGCAGCUUGUUUACAUCGCUCACAGCUUGUUUAGUUUUAACCGAGGACACAGAUACUCAGAGUCAGACGGAGAUGAAGGAGGA